UUCUGCUGCUGAGGCUGCGGGCGGAGGCCGGAGGACCGGGCGGCGGCGGCGGCGGGAGCGCAGCGGGACGACCGAGCGAGAGCCGGCGAGUUGAGAGCCGAGCGCUCUCUUUCUCCCGCUCUAGGAGCCAGUGCCUCCCGGGCCCCGCCGCCGCCGCCGCACAAAGCCGCGAGCCCGCGCCUGAGCCAUGUCCGCGUCGGCAGGCGGCGGCCACCAGCCCAGCCAGAGCCGCGCCAUCCCCACGCGCACCGUGGCCAUCAGCGACGCUGCGCAGCUACCUCAGGACUACUGCACCACUCCCGGCGGGACGCUGUUCUCCACCACGCCGGGAGGAACACGAAUCAUUUAUGACCGAAAGUUUCUGUUGGAUCGUCGCAAUUCUCCCAUGGCACAGACCCCGCCUUGCCAUCUGCCCAAUAUCCCUGGAGUCACCAGCCCUGGCACCUUAAUUGAAGACUCCAAAGUAGAAGCGAACAACUUGAACAACCUGAACAAUCAUGACAGGAAGCACGCAGUUGGGGAUGAGGCCCAGUUUGAAAUGGACAUCUGACUGCUACACAAUCUAAGGAGGCUUCAGCACAGCGGCCCAUGUGACCUGACUGGGCCAGUAGGAACACAGUGAACCGAGAAGCCGGCAGUUCCCCUCCCCUCCCUCUGGGUGCCAAAUGAUGGGAGAUAAAGCUCCAUUGACCACAACUUCCCUGUCUCCUGCCCCUGCCCCGUUAAGGUUAGGAUGAAAGCCCUUGGAUUACUCUGGAACUGAGCGGUUGGUCCUUGGAGGAAAGCAGUCCCUGUAACUUGCCUGUUCAUUUCCUAAGAAUCUUUUGCCCCCUUCUGAUUUGCCCCAAGUCCAGGAACUCUAAGAAGAAGCACCGCUGCUUGGGGUGACUGGGGAGGGAAGGAGGUUUGGUGCCCAUUGCUGUUCCUGUACUCCCUUCUGUCUUCCUCCCUGCAUCCCAUUGGUGAGUCAGUGCUGGAUGUGGGAUCUUUAAACCAUUCUGAAGAUUGAUAAACAAAAUGAGCUGCUUGCCCUAUCCCUGGAGAUGUUUGUCCUUGGUACUGGAGCACAGCUCUUGUACCUCCUGUGUGUAGCUCCGACUGCAUUCCUGGGACACAUGGCAUAAGCUCCCUUUUCUCUGGGGAGAAGGCUUCUGUCCUGGGUGUGAUGGCUCAUCUCUUAGCUAAUUCAUUGGCACAGGUAUUUUUUAAACCUUUCUUCUGAAGAGACCCCUGGGUGACCAGGUGGUCUUUGCUUGUCUGCCAUUCUUCCUACCUGCAUCUUGCAGGCAGAGUCCUCUUCACUCCAAGAUGCCCUGGGACUUCUGUCUGCUCCCAGAGCAGUCAUUUGAAGUGCCAGUGCUUUGGUCGUUGUUACCUGGUGGGCACAGCUGGUCCCAGCGGUCUGCCUGAGAAUGUCCAGCUCUGGCCUCUGUAGAGGACUGAGCCACACAAGUAACCAGCCCUAGUAGGCAUGGUGUAAACCUGAUAGACUUUAGCAGGUUUGCUGCCCUGCAGUUUAUUAUAUUUUGAGUUUAAAGUUGACUCCCCUAUUCCCCUCCUCUGAAUCUGCUUUAUCCUUGGCUGCCGAGAGAGAAGCAUGGGCUGAAAGAGUGCGUUCCUCCCAGUUUCCUUCUCCUCACUGUAGACUUUCCUUCUUGCUUCCCUUUUCUCUCCUUUUCAAACCUCACUCUCUUUCCUUCUGGUUCUUCCACCAGGCCAUUUUCUAAAUCUACAUCAAAGAUACCUCCCAUGUUGGUAUCUGAUAAUAUCUGUCUCUUCUCUUAUCAGAGGAGAGACUUUUUAUUUUUAAGAUGACUACAGACCUAUUUUUAGAUAAGUUUUCAGUACGAUUUUGAACUGCAACUUUUUUAACAAAACAUCUUCCAGUAUUAGGAAGGUUAUAAAAAAUGUUCCUAGGCAAGUCUGCUGUCUUCACUGUUGGUUAUCUCUCAUAGUUCCUUAUGAGUGCUUUCCUGUGCUCUCAAGUUUAGGGGGCUAUUUGGAGUAUAGUGGUUUGUGAAACUGGAUUAGUCUGCCUUGCUAUGAGUUGUUGGCGAAAACUUCAUUCUUUUCCUUUACCUUUUUGCUCUCUUGCUCCACCCUGCCCCACUCUCCUGGUACUGUGGACUGACAGGGAGAUCCCGGGAGAGAGGCCCCCAUAGACAGGCUGGUGCAUCCGUCCUCCUAUAGGAAGACAGUACAGCAGCCACUGGUGUCCUGGGAGUUUUUUUUGUUGUUGUUGUUUUUUUGUUUUGUUUUGUUUUUUUCCCGAGACAGGGUUUCUCUGUGGUUUUGGAGCCUGUCCUGGAACUAGCUCUUGUAGACCAGGCUGGUCUCGAACUCACAGAGAUCUGCCUGCCUCUGCCUCCCGAGUGCUGGGAUUAAAGGCAUGCGCCACCAUCGCCUGGCUUGUCCUGGGCCCUCUCAGUAAGAUUUCAGAUCCCCAUUGUCUGGGAAAGUAAGCUGUUUGUUUUUCCUUUGCACCAUGGAAAGACCCUGUUUUGUGAAGACUUUAGGAAAAAAGGAAGGACAUCUGCAGAACUUGGUCUGUCUCCUGCCACACAAUGUGAAUAGCUCGUACUGCAGCCCUCUGUGAUGAUCGCUGUCUCAGGAAUAAGCUGGGUCUCCAAUGUUUGGGGAUUCUUGGAGUCUCCAAGUUGAUAAUCAGAAGAGUUUUAUUUCUUUGUUAAAUGUAUCUGUUAUGUUUUUAAUUAAACUCCAAGUUUUAUUUCAUGGAGUCUUGGGAAAACUUAAGUUGUGCUGCCAUUGGCAUAAGCAGCUUGCUCAGGACCUCUGUACCCUGGAGCUUCAUUCUUCGCGAGCAAGGCUCAUGGUUCUUCGCACACUGGUGUUGGCACUCUGUGAACUCUGCCGUGAGGAGGCGUGAGUGUGCAGAAGAAUAUAUACUUCCUCAUUGAACGCUGUCUGCAGCAGAGUGGCUUCCUGGACCCACCACUGGGAAGGGAGACAUGGCAGCUGAGUAGGAUAGAGAAACCUCCCUUUUUCUUGCCAUCUUGGAGAGUCUGCACGUGCGCCCCUCCUCAAUCAGAAAACAUGUCUAGUAUUCCUUGGAGUGUCACCUGUGUGGUGCAGGAGCCUUUUAGCCUUAUGUCCUCUGCCAGGACCCCUCACUGCUUGGUGCAGGCCUUAUAUGAAGGCCACUUGUUCUUUGACCUCCACACAUGAGCAUUGUAAGAUAAUUGCACAAGGCAAGGCAUAAGCUUCCAGCAGAUGGCAUUUUUGUGCCAUGCCUCAUGAGCCAUUUUCUAGUAAGCAGGGUCCAGUGGGGGUUCACCUCUGGGUGGUCCAAAGGCCUCACAGCUGGAGGCUUAAAUGGAGGGUGUAUGGUCCUAAUCUGCCAGUCUCCCUCCUGAAGGAGACAGUUAUUUAAACCUUAGUAGCCAUCUACACUGUUGCUAUGAAGGAUGUGUUUCUGCACUUGUGACAAUCAACCUACAUGAGGAAGAAGCUCCAGCCCUGGUGGGAGACACCAGCAGUGCCCUUCCUCCUGAGUUCCCAGCCCUUGUGUUGUGCUGAAAUAGGCGCUUCCUUGCCUCCUCCAGAGCACUGGAGUGGAAAAGCUGGCUUCUAGAUAGAGUUAUCUACUGCUGUGUAACAAAUUACCUGCCAGCCUAAUAUCUCACAAGAGUAAACACUACCUGUUGGUGUCUCAAAUAGGGUUAGGGGCUGCUCAGCAUGGAGCUUUAGCAUGAGGUCUCAUGGAGGUGCAUGUAGUCUGUGGGUGGGGGCUGCUCUCAUCUGGAGCUGGAGAAUCCCACUUCCAUACUUUGUUUUUUUGUGGUUGUCAGCAGAGUGCCGCCCUCGUUCCAUGUGGGACUCUGUAGGUAUCAUGCCAUAGCACCUAGCUUCUUCCUGAGUGACUGAUCCUAGAAAAGGAGGUGGGUAAGAAGAAAGUUGCAGUGCCUUUAUACCACCGUGUCCCUAACAGGAGGAAAGUAGUCCUCAGGGAAAUGGGGAUAGCCACAGCCAUAAGCUGGGUGCACAUUGCUAUCAGAUCAGCCCUCUAAAAUGGGACCAAACUGGGAUAAAAGACUUCUCUUUCCCCAAAGCUACCCAUUUGUCUUAAGAAAAGCGGCAGGAAAUGGAGAUUCCCAGAUCCAUUGCAUCCCCCCAUCUGCCUGUUCUCAAGAACGCUUGCUUUUAUGAGAUUCUGAAGUGGCCUCUUCAAGCGUCAUUUACUUCUUCUGUCUUCCUUUAGCCCAGAGUUGACAAAAGGAAUUGGGGGCCUUCCUGUGCAGCCAUACAAACUUUCUUAACUGGAGCGGUGUUUGGCAGAGGAAUCAAAGGACAUUAGAUGUCAGGUUCAUGAGUUACAGAGCAGAAAGCAGUUCAGGUUCUUGACGAUGAUAUUGAAGUCAGGUGCUACCUGCAUGCAUUGGUCAAAGUGUCCCACCCAGAUCAUAAGCCAGGGACACCUGAAAAAUGCAGAUGUCUGUCUGUACUUGAUUGCUCUGGUCAGUGCAGCAUGCAGAGUAGCCUGUUGCCUCCAACACUUUGAUAGAAGGGUGCUCUUACAAAAAGCAGCAGUCUUGUUUUCACCUGUAGGGGAAGCCACAGAGGUGGCUCACCAGUGCCUCGGAUCUCAUGGGCUGUCUGCUUCUUCCUGCCAUCCAUUCUCCCCAUCCUUAGAUGGAGGCUCUUGUUUGAAUUGAUGCUCUGUCUUCUAGCCUUUUCUUUUCUGUAGCCAUGCUUGCUUUGGAGUGUAUUUCAGGCUCUCGUGGUGGGUUUCCUUCUAGGGGUGAGGGAUAGGGAGCUCUUGGGCCUCUCAUCCGUUGUGUUCCACUGAAAGUCCAUCCAGCAUCUUGUAUAGACUGCCACUGUGAGUGUACCAGGUGUGUAUCAGGUAGGGAGCCUCCUUCCCAUCUGCAUCUUGGGUGCUGGCUGCUUGAGGGGGGGGGUGUGGUGGAGCCCUUUUUAUUCCCUCUAGAGGAAAGGCACUACUGUCUUCACGUAGUUCUUUAGUGUGUUUUCUGGACUCCAUGCCCAUGGCAGCUGUUUAAUGAUCUGCGAAAACCCAAUCACUGACCCAUCCUUACCAUGGAAGGCAGGAUUUAUAGUGGAGGAACACCAUUUCCUGGGGUAGAGGGUUCUGUCUGAGCUUUUGACUUACCCGCAGCCCCCUUGCCUCUCAGCCUUUAGUGACGGGAAUUUGGAUUCCCGCAGUUGAGGCAAUCCUUUGGUGCUUGCCAUCCCGCCGUGCUUCUUGCUCUGGCAGUGCUUUUCACGGUAGUGGUGGACUUUGUUGAAGCUGCUCACAGUAGCUGAAGACUGUAAAUUGAUCAGUCAAGAUACCUUCCCCACCCUCUGAAACUAGCUUUCCCUUAGGCAGGUCCUGGAUGGCAGAGCUUACUUUCAAAGUCUUUGGGUGGUCUGUGGUUUCUCUCUGCUUGCUCAACUCUUCCUGCACCCUAGUGGGCCAUACUGUGCCCAGGAGAAAAGGCUACUGAACUAGCGGAAACAGUUCCUAGUGGAUACAAACUCCUGCUUACCUUUCUGAGGUGGAAGGGUGGUGGCGAGAGGCCGAAUACCUGGUAGACACUUGGCUGUGCUGAUACUUCCAAAGGGAGCUCCUCCCAGGGCUUCAGACCUAAAUCCAGGGCAUUGUGAACUUAAGAGAAUCCACAGAUCUAGCACAGAAUGCCCAUUCUUGCCUCUAUACCCCCUUCCUCUCCAUUUCAGUCUUAAAAACUGCCCAGCCCAGGCCUGGGGGUUAUGACUGGAGGGCAAGAGAGUGGGGACACCAGCAGGAGGUAGGGGCCAGCGUGACACCGAUGCCUUGGCCCCCACUUCAUGGUUCCAGGAAGCCUUACAGAAGGCAACUUGAAGAAUCCCAAGGACUCCGAUUCCCAGUUGUCCAUAUUAAGAAUCUGUGUUUUCUGAUAGACCCUCCCCUGUUCACUGCUGCAGUCUUAGCCACAUGGGAUGGAAUUUCAGAGGCUGCCAGUACUUUCCUUGGUCCUCCUACUUGGUUCCCUUGAUGUGCUGUCCCCUUACCUUCCCCCUUCGCUGUCAGCAAUGGUCAGUGGAAGGUUCCAUGCAAUCCUAAGACAGUCCUGUGUGAUUCCAUGACCAGUUUGUUUUCUUACUGUCCUUCCAAGCCAGCAGGUGUUUGGAACUAGGUGAAAAUUUCUCACCAACGGUUGCUGUUACAGCUAAAUAAAGACAUUGAAUAUUCA